CGGCAUCAGUUGCAGUGUACGAUUUAGUAAAAGUGUGCAAUUUUUGCGGCUAAUUUGCCACGGCGCUCCUGGUCAUGUCGAAAAAAAUUUUGAGUCCGGGCGAUUUAGAAAAGUCGUUGCAACAGGUGGUGAGAGAAUUAGAAGAAGAGGGGUCGACAAUAGAAAAUCAACGUGAAGAAUAUUGUGACAUAAUUGAUGAUGAAUUUUACAGUGAUUCAGACCAGGAGCCAGAAAUUAUUGAAAGGAACGAUUAUAGCAGUGAUUCUGAACUAUCAGCAGAUGAAGGAGAAGCAGAAUUUGAACCACGCGAACAAGAAGAAGAUUACCAAUUUUUUAUUGGAAAAGACAAUAAGACUCUUUGGAUUAGUCAGCCUAGUUCUUCAGGUGAAAUGCAAGCCAAAAACAUUAUAAAAAUUUUACCCGGUCCAAAAGGAAAUGCUAAACGAGCGAAAACCGAAAUCGAUGCAUUUAAUUUGUACAUUACUGACGAAAUGGUUGACGAUAUCGUGGCAAAUACCAAUAUCUAUAUUGAAAACAAUAAAUCUUCUAAAAUGUAUUCGAGAGAAAGAGACUCCAAAAACACCACCAAAUCUGAAAUCAAAGCACUCCUAGGUGCAUUAAUUUUAAUUGGCAUCAAAAAAGGUAGUCAUACAAAUUGUUUGGAGCUCUGGGAUUCAGAUGGAACUGGACUCAUUCUUUUACGUGCACUCUACAGUUACAAACGUUUUCUUUUCUUGAUGCGCUCUCUGAGGUUUGACAACAUAUUUACUCGAGAUGAAAGGAAGUUGCAGGAUAAACUUGCUCCGAUACGUGAUUUUCAUCAAAAAUUUGUUACCAAUUGCUUUGCUUAUUAUAACCUAAGUGAAUUUGGUACCAUCGAUGAAAUGCUUCACGGUUUUCGAGGUCGAUGCUCAUUUGUCCAGUACAUUCCUAAUAAGCCGGCAAAAUAUGGAAUAAAAAUGUGUGGACUCUGUGACGCAAAAACAUUUUAUACACUUAAUUUCGAAAUUUACUGCGGUAAGCAACCAGCAGGACGAUAUGCUACCUCUAACAAACCAGAUGACAUUGUGAAAAGAUUGAUUGUACCUAUAGAGAAUACAAAAAGAAAUAUCACCACUGAUAACUAUUAUAGCAGCUUGUCACUUGCUGAGUAUCUGUUGCAAAAAGGUAUAACAUUUUUGGGAACGAUGAAGAAAAAUAAGAGAGAAAUACCAGUCGAAUUUUUGCCCAACAAAACUAGAUCUGUCAACUCUCAUAUUUUUGGAUUCCAAGAACAUUUCUGUCUUACUUCUUCCGUUCCAAAAAAAAAACAAGGCAGUUAUAUUUCUCUCAACAAUGCACAAUGCCUCAGAUGUGGACCAAGAUUUACGGAAGUCGUUGGUGAAUUUUGACUACAAUUCUACAAAAGGGGGUGUUGAUACAGUGGACCAGAUGUGUGCUUCAUACAGUGUAUCCAGAAUUACAAGAAGAUGGCCCCUCGUUGUAUUUUUUAGACAUCUCGAGAUAGCUGGAAUAAAUGCCCGUGUAAUAUUUAAAUUUAACAAUUUGGACAACAAAGAUGAAAGACGUGUGUUUUUGAGAAAACUGGCCCUUGAACUAAUGAAAGAUCACUUGAAAGAGAGGGCUCUGACACAAUCGCUCCCUAAGGACAUUUCUUACUUUUUAGACAAAUAUAGAAAUGAAGAAGGGACUGAAAGAGGUGAAGAAGUGAAGACUGGCAUUUGUUUCAUUUGUGGUACUCACAAAAACAAUAGAACCAAGCAAAAGUGUAAUAAGUGUGCAAGAAAUAUUUGUAAAAAGCAUAGUUCCACACAUAUUACAUGCACAAAAUGUAAAGAAGAGGAAAUGGAAGUAGAAUAAAAUGCUAAUCUGCAUAAUUAUACAAUAAAACGUUGUUUUAUU